AUGUGCCCUCUAACUCCUAAUUAUGCUGAGAAAGAAAGCACCUACUAUGUUGCUAGAGUAAUCACCUUUACAAACAGUGGAGGCGAAGCUGUUCUUGGACCCCAAUUUAAGCCGUCUUUGGAAAUGGAUCAGGAAGGUCAUUUACAACAGAGCCAUUUGUCCCAUUUACUUGAGAAUAGCAAAGCUGCCAUUUUAAAGGAAGAAAUUUUAUUCGCUGCUAAUCCACCUUCAGGGGAAAAGUAUUACUUCUUUGAACAUCGCAGGCGAACCUAUCGCGUUCUUUUGACGCAGAAAAAAGGUGUUACCAUCGCUUCUGUACUACAUUUGUGGGUUAAAAAAUCCAGUAGCCUGACAGCAAAUCAACUUGUAGAAUUGUCAAAUUUUGUGUACACAUUUUCCGAAUUUCAAUUAAUUGAAUCCGCAAUUUUGGAAUUUAUGCUGCUGUGUUUGGACAUUUUCACACUGAACCAUCCACGGAGCAAAAAACUUCCAAAUAUUUACAGAAUCGCCAGUUUUUCAAGGUUUUAUAGUUUAUCCAUAGUUUGUUUGGAGGAGUGGGUCAAACUUACAUGUAAUGAGAAAUUGAGGAGAGAUUAUAAAAAUGCCGAUAAAUUGUGUUAUGGACAUGGCAAAAAAGAAUUGGGACAUCCUUUGUUUUGGUGUGCAAUUGAGAAUCAAAAAAUCAUGGAACAAACUACUGCCUUAUCACCCUCAAAGUCCAUUCCUUCUAUGAAUAUUCUUGGUAGUUUUCAACAACCGACACAACUUCAACAGUGUCUGUUUUGUUACUCAUCAACAAUGUUGAGAUUGUUUCUAGGUAAUGCUAGACUUAUCAGCAGAGUUGUGAAUUUCUUCCAACAAAUUUGUCACGUCGAUUUACACUGA